AAACAAAAUAGAGGGUGAGGGGUCCCCACGCUCUUUCAUCUUCAUUUCACUCAUCUUUAUAUUCCCACAGACUAAACAAGAUUUGGGUGAAAAAAUGGAGAAAGGCGACGGCGGAGAAGGCGAUAGCGAGGGCUCUGCGGAGGCGGCGGUGGCGGAGCAGCAGCAACCAAACUCCGAAGAAACUUAUCUCACCACUCACCACCUCGCCGCACCGCCGUCCGGCCUGACUCAAGACGAGUUCGACGAGUUGAAGGACUUAGUAGCAGAAUUUCACACCUACAAACUCAGCCGCGGCCGGUGCUCCUCCUUACUGGCGCAGCGUGUGCAGGCACCGUCAGAGGCUGUGUGGUCCAUCGUACGGCGAUUCGAUCAGCCGCAGAGUUACAAGCACUUCAUCAAAAGCUGUACAGUGAGCGAAGGAUUCAUAAUGAAGUUAGGUUGUACAAGAGAGGUUAAUGUAAUCUCAGGCUUACCGGCAGAUACGAGUACGGAGAGGCUCGAUAUUCACGACGACGAGCGGCGCGUUAUCGGAUUCAGCAUCAUCGGAGGCGAGCACCGUCUCCGGAAUUACCGAUCGGUGACUUCAGUGCAUCAACUGGAGCGAGACGGUCGGAUCUGGAGCGUGGUUUUGGAAUCAUACGCAGUGGAUGUUCCGCCAGGGAAUACGGAGGAGGAUGCUCUUUUGUUCGCCGAUACGGUUGUGAGAUUGAAUCUGCAGAAAUUGGCGUCCGUUGUUGAAGGAAUGAAUCGCGGAGGUAAUCGGUAAAAUUCUUCCUUCUUCCAGCGAUCUAAAUGAUGAACAUCUCUUUGAUUUGAGAAUUCGAAUCAAGAACAAAUGAAAAAUGAAAAUGAAUUUGAGAUUGGUUGAAAAUUAAUUUUUGUUCAUGAUUUUGAUUCUGUUGCUUUCCAGUUUCAUCUUCUCGAGUUUUGGUCAGUGUCGAUCAUUUUCUUGGAAAGAUUUCUCUGGAUUUUUCUAUUUCUUUUGGAUUGUAAAAAUACGAAAAUGUCCUUGAUUUCAAUAAAGGAAUCAAUGGCAUAAAGGACUGAUGGCGUUGGACUGUCGAGUGCAUUUCAGUCAUUGCAAGUGUACAAAAACGAUGUCGUUUAGUAAAUUUCUUCCCUUUUAUUAUCUAAAAA